UCAUCAGGUAGCCUGAGAUCGAGGGAUAGAGAGGAAGAGAUCAGCAGAACCGGAAUCCGAGAUGGCGGGGCUUGGAUCUCCUUGUGGCGCAUGCAAGUUCCUGAGGAGGAAGUGCGUGCGGGGGUGCGUCUUCGCCCCUUACUUCAGCCACGAGCAGGCGGCGGCCCACUUCGCGGCUGUCCACAAGGUGUUCGGGGCCAGCAACGCCUCCAAGCUCCUCAUGCACCUCCCGGUCGCCGACCGCUCCGAGGCGGCGCUCACCAUCUCCUACGAGGCGCAGGCUCGCCUCCAAGACCCCAUCUACGGUUGCGUUGCUCACAUCUUCGCGCUGCAACAACAGGUGGUGACCCUGGAAGCCCAACUGGCCUCCUUGAAGGCUCAAACCGCACAAGGUUUUGUCAGCGGCUACUCUUCGAUUCCCAGGCUUGAAGAAGACAGAUACGGCAACAAGCUCCCACCCUACCGACCGGGAGAGAGCUUACCCCUGAUGCCCCAGCCUUUAGCUGCAGACGCCCCCGUGAAUCCUGAAGCCAUGCUAUGCCAAGACAACGAGCUUGUGGACUCCAACUCCUUCCAAUCUUCCCAACUCGAGCUCGUCGAUGACAACUCAUCCUGCGCCAUGGCCUCCCUCGAUCUCGAAGCAUACACAUGGAGAUCGGCGCAUCACCAUGACAUGGAGGACCUUCACUCGGUGGCAUUUGGCCGUCUCAAUUGCGCGUGAGAGGGCGAGGUGGUGGAGGGAGUCGAAAGGUUUUGAUUCUUGCAACUCCCACAAGUCCAUGGAAGAAGCUGGGUCUUGCUCCUGUGAUGGGGCUCGUCAAUGUACUGUACCUACAUAGGAAUAAGAGAGCUGAGCUCGUUCGAGCUUACUGUCUUCGCAAUGGGGAGUCACGGUUGUUAGAUUAGGAAAUCUAGGAGACCCUCGGGAUCCAAAAACCCUGCCUCGAAAUCAUGAUGAUUAGGUUUUUAUA